AUGACGUCCGUUAACGUAAAGCUCCUUUACCAUUACGUCAUCACCAAUUUUUUCAAUCUUUGCCUCUUCCCUUUAACGGCGUUUGUCGCCGGGAAAGCCUCUCGGCUUACCACAGACGAUCUCCACAUAUUCUAUUCCCAUCUCCAGCACAACCUUUUAACCAUAGCUCUACUCUCCACCCUCACCAUUUUCGGUUUGGUUCUCUACAUCCUAACCCGGCCCAAACCGGUUUACCUCGUUGACUACUCAUGCUACCUCCCACCACCGCAUUGUAGAGCAACCGUCUCCAAGGUCAUGGAAAUCUUCUAUCAAGUAAGAAAAGCUGAUCCUUUACGAAACGUGGAGACAUGCGAAGAUGACGCGUCUUGGCUUGAGUUCUUGAGGAAGGUUCAAGAGCGUUCCGGUCUAGGCGAUGAAACCCACGGCCCCGAGGGACUUUUUCAGGUUCCUCCGAAGAAGACUUUUGCGGCGGCGCGUGAAGAAACAGAGCAAGUGAUCGUUGGUGCGCUUGAGAAACUAUUCGAGAACACCAAAGUCAACCCUAAAGAGAUUGGUAUACUUGUGGUGAACUCAAGCAUGUUUAAUCCGACUCCUUCGCUAUCGGCCAUGGUCGUUAAUGUUUUCAAGCUCCGAAGCAACAUCAGAAGCUUCAAUCUUGGUGGAAUGGGUUGUAGUGCUGGUGUUAUAGCCAUUGAUCUUGCUAAGGACUUGUUGCAAGUUCAUAAGAACACUUAUGCUCUUGUGGUGAGCACUGAGAACAUCACUCGAAACAUUUACGCUGGUGACAACAGAUCCAUGAUGGUUUCAAACUGCUUGUUCCGUGUCGGUGGGGCGGCGAUUUUGCUUUCCAACAAACCGGGAGAUCGGAGACGGUCCAAGUACAAGCUAGUUCACACGGUUCGAACGCAUACCGGAGCUGACGACAAGUCUUUCCGAUGUGUGCAGCAAGAAGACGAUGAUAGCGGUAAAACCGGAGUUUGUUUGUCAAAGGACAUAACCGGUGUUGCCGGGAAAACGGUUCAGAAAAACAUAACAACAUUGGGCCCGUUGGUUCUUCCUUUCAGCGAGAAGUUUCUUUUUUUCGUUACCUUCAUUGGCAAGAAACUAAUGAAAGACAAAAUCAAGAACCUCUACGUUCCCGAUUUCAAGCUUGCUAUUGACCAUUUCUGUAUCCAUGCCGGAGGCAGAGCAGUGAUCGAUGUGCUGGAGAAGAACUUAGGGUUGUUGCCGAUCGAUGUGGAGGCGUCUAGGUCAACGUUGCAUAGAUUUGGGAAUACUUCUUCAAGCUCGAUUUGGUAUGAACUUGCAUACAUUGAGGCAAAAGGAAGGAUGAAGAAAGGAAACAAAGUUUGGCAGAUUGCUUUAGGGUCAGGGUUUAAGUGUAAUAGUGCGGUUUGGGUGGCUCUACGCAAUGUCAAGGCUUCGACAAAUAGCCCUUGGGAUCAUUGCAUUGACAAAUAUCCGGCUAAAAUUGAUUCUGAUUCUGCAAAGUCAGAUACUCGUGUCCAAAACGGUCGGUCCUAA